GGUGGCGGGAAAUUGAGAUGCAACGUGCAAGGGAAAAGUCUGACGCCCGCCAGGAUACCACCGCAUAUAACCUGUCGCUCUAUCUUUGACUCCUUCCUCUUCGUCUCCAAUAAGUCAAUGCCCUCCAUCCUCAACCUCAAGUUCAAAGGGAACAAGUCUUUCGUCCCGUUCAGCAACUUGGGCGAUGCGGAUUCGCUAACGAAGACAUGGAAGGUCUGCACAAAGGUCGCCGGCUUCCUCGAGCAAGGGCAACGGCUUGAGAACCUUAGUUGGCGACUCUGGCACCUCCAGAAUCUCAUCGUCGACACCGACAACGCCAAGUCCAAGCGCGACUUCCGCAAACUGUCGAAAUGUAUGGGUGAUAAGCUCGACAAGGAAAAAGGACGCAUCGAAGAACUUCAGGCCCCAGGUUUCAGACGCAACCAUUCUACAGAACUCAUCAAGCAGCGUGCUGCUGAAAAGGAGCGCGAGCGCCAAGCUAACCAGAACGGCCGACCAGGAACGAUUCAUCGCAUGCAAUUCACGUUUAGCGUCGACCAGCCGUCUCCUCCCACCGGUUCUUCUGCCGCAAGGAAGCCCGACUUGAAGCCAUCUCCAGAGUUCAAGGACAACGUCAGGCGUCGCCCUGGUACUCGUUCCACCAACGUAACGGACGGUGCUACCCACGACGCCAACAAUAAGGAUGCGCCACUCACUCAACGCGGUCGCAAGGCUGCUAAUGACUCUCUUAAUGCUUCGUCCGACGAUUAUCCCUCUGUCUCACUGCAUUUCCCCUCCAUCUUCUCCAACGAUUUUGGUCCUGCCGCACUACUGUAUCCAACACCCACCCUUACGAACACGAUGACUUACGGCGAGGGCGUCGGGCUUAACACCCACGCUUCCUCUGACGGAUUUUCUAUCGUGCGGCCUACAAUAGAGCUUCCUCUUGAUGAGAUACUCGACGCCGACAGCCCUGGCGGCUGGUCCUGUGGUGCUUUCAACAACGACAACUCUCAAUCUCGCCUUGCAAAUUCUUUCAACUCUCAAGAAGACGUUGACAUGAAGACGUCUCUACAGGAUGACUCCUUUGGUGACGCUACCGACCACCACGACCAAUCUCAUCUCAAGAACUCCCUUCGCAACUUGCCUCUUAACAAAGUUAUCGAAGACGUUGUCCCACGCACUAUAACUCCUUCUCGUCUCGGUCCCGACCCGUCACCUGGUGCGCCACCACAGCAGACCAACGGCAGACGGCCGUCUCUGAGCGUACGUACAAACUCAGUUUCCACUCGUAACUCGGGACCCAGCGCCACUCCCGUCAGCGGCGUCUCGUCUGUGCAGGCGAACAACAAUUCUGCCCCUGGUGGCGUCAAGGCCGAGUGCUCGAACUGCGGUGCUACUCAUACCCCUCUCUGGCGACGCGGGCUGAACGACGAGUUGAACUGCAACGCAUGUGGUUUGUAUUGCAAGCUGCAUAAGCGUCCUCGUCCCAAGAGUAUGCGUAAUAGCCACGGUGAGAAUCGCUCUCAGGCUGCCCCGCGACAGGAAUCGCAAGAAAUUGUUGCACAAUGCUACAACUGCCAUACGACCGCUACUCCCCUGUGGCGCAAAGACGACGAAGGGAAGACAGUUUGCAAUGCAUGUGGUCUUUACUUCAAGUUGCAUGGUUCUGCACGGCCUAUCUCCAUGAAGUCUGACGUCAUUAGGAAGCGAGCUCGUCAUGACGCGCGACGAGCCGCAGGAGGCACGGUGUCAGAAACUCCUUCUGCCUCUCCCGGAGCAAGCCGUCGAGCCUCGCCCAGUGCCGAUACCCCCACUCUCGCGCCAGACAGCACGACGCAACUGUCAUACCCCGAGAGCGAUUACUCUAGCCAGGUCCAGUCUGAGCUGAUGGGUGCUUUGGGCGGGAACAACCAAAACACGCAUAUGGCGAACGAUGGAAGCUACAACACGCACUACAACUUCAAUGCCUCGUUCCCCGGUCCGUACCAUCCUGACUACCUUUCACAAGUAUACGGCGGACACCAGGAUGCUUACCCCUUCACGAUGGGUGAUUCUUCGGAUUAUGACGGCUCGGAGAUGAGAUCGAACAAGAGACGAAGGAUGAGCAACGACUCGGCGUCAGAACCUCCUUCCUCUGCAGUGUCGUACAGCUCGUUCUCGGACUUUUCAAAUACCUCUUCGGCCACGUCUCAUUCUCAAGGAUCGUCUCUCGACUUCCCGUUUAACAACAACUUUUCGAAUUACAGCCUAAUGCGUGGCAAUUCGAGUGCGUUGUGGCACCCACCGAUGCUGCCUCCCGACAAUUCCCCACAUAGCUUCGUUCAUCCUCCCAUGCUGCCUCAGAACGGUGGAGAGGACUCGGCGAUGGACUUCCUCCAUCAUCCCAUGCAACAGGAUGACGCUGAGACUCUAUUCGCAACGUACCUGCAUCCACCCAUGCUUCCUCCGGACGAGUCGCCGAAGGUGUCCAUGGGCUCGUUGCAUCCCCACCCGCCGAUGCUUCCGAACGACUGGACCGGUGCUUCGCAUGAUUACUAUGACUCUUCGAUGCAAACGUAUUGAACUCUCUCUCUGUUACCCCCAACCCCUCCCUGCAUUGGCCAUGGACUCCCGUUGCGUUGUGAACAGUGCAUUCGGACGAUCGUCGUUUUCAAUUCACUCUCCGUCUCUCCUAUCUUUUCUUUUGCCCUCUCCAUUUCUCUGGGUUGCGCUUCCCUCAAGCGUCGAUGUAGCUAUCUCUAUCUUCCGUUUUCUUCCUCCUCCUGUUCUUCUUCCUUUCAGGUGAUUGCAUCAUGCAUGGUUAUAUUCCAUUUGCUUCCCGAAGUUCUUCCAUUUUCGUUAGAUCUUCCCCCCCUCGCUCGUCGCAUAUUCCCGCACCUUUUUUUUUUUGACCUCGUUGCACACACUCUUAGCACUUAGCAGACUCGUUCUUCCGCAUUCCAUCGCAUUCCGCGUUCUUCCUUCCUCCCUGUUUUCCACCCAUCACGCUCCUCUGCUGCUUUCCUCCUUGUCUGUCUGUCUGCCAUAUAUCCAUAAUGUUCUCCGUCUUUUUUCCUCUCCAUCUCUCGCAUCUCUCUUCCUCUCCCUCUCUCCCUCUUUCCCUCCCUCCGUCUCUCUCCGUCUCUCUCACAAGUUAUCACUGUGUUUAUCUCCCCGUCCUCCCAUCUGCUUCCACCCAGUUAACCUCUUGCCUCAUGAAAUAGCUGUAUCUCAAGAGUUCUCAUUAGGUACUCGUAGCGAAGGGCUUCGCGAUAUUAAGCCCCAGAAAUCAAAGCUAUUUAUAUCCCUCCCUGUGUAUUCUCAUUUGUGUUUUCUUGUCAUACCUCUGUACGUAUGUCGUGGAAUUCAAUUUCGCGCGGUCUGGACUCUUGACUUGUAGCACAUGUUGUCGAUAUACGGUAUGUAUCGUAACUUCAUACUGUCAAUGUCAAUAGAAAUAUCUUUGAGCCAUUCCUGC